CACAAACGGUCUUCGCCAAUCCGACGGCUCGCCGCGCUGCACUCAAAUCAGUUUGAAACAGCGUGCGCUGUGUUUGAAUGUGAGGACAGUUGUUCUUCAAAUUCAGUUAUUAAACUGAAAUAUUAUACUUGUCUUACCUGACUGGUUGAAGAAGCAGUAGCUAACGAGAAAAUCAUCAUCUUUGAAGAGCUGUCCUUUAUAGAUGCACAGAAUGGAGUCAGUGGUGAGAAAGAGCAACAAGGAAAACACUAAACCAGUAUAUGGCCCAAAAAAACAAGUCACCAGCAGUAUUAUAUCAAAACAAAAAGUGAUUUGUAGAUCUGCACCCCUUCAGUCAAAGAAUGACCUUAAGGAGGAUGACUCUGGAACAAGAGAGAAGGAAAAGGAUCUUAGACCGAAGCCCAAAAUUAAUGCUGAUCCUACUAAGCGUAACACACUAAGCCAGGCCUUCCGUACUGAGCAGACUGUAAGACACAGGAAGCUUGUAGAAGAAGUUCAAAAACCACCCUCUACUGUCUCUGUCAUCCAGAAGUCCAAACCUGGUACGUAUAAGGGUCGUGUAGUUCAGUCUAAAAUCGACUGUUUCAGAAAACCCAGUGCUGAUGUGAAGACCACAGAAAAGAAGGUGAUUUCAAAGCCAGAUGUGACCAGACCAAAACCUGAACUGCCCAAAGUUCGGUCCACGUCUGUUACUUCCCUGCCAGUGUCCACUAAACCCAGAGUAAACUCUGCUUCAUCAUCUAGACCGAAAUCUGUCUCUGAUAUCCAGCUUAAUGCCACUGAAAAACCAAUCCAGAAGUCUGUUUCCCAUAAACGCAUACCGCAAAAGGUCCAAGGCACUGUCUCCCAAGCAGGUGCUUGUGCUCUUCCCAGGUCAGCCCCUCUAGCUACAGGGCGACUGGCCAUCAGCAAACCCAUCGCUUCGAAGAAGAAAGAGAUGACGGUGCAGGUGGAGAAACCCAAAACAUCCACCACUGAACAGAGAGUCUGCAGGCCUGUCACAAGUACAAUCAGCCAGUACAAAAUACAAAUAGAGACCGCCGAAGAGAGAAGAGCAAAGCUAGCAGAGUGGCUGGCAUCUAAGGGAAAGAAUCUGAAAAGGCCUCCGAUCUCUGAAAAGUCGGCAACAUUUUCAAGAAAACCAAAACCAGCUCCGCAGCCUAAAACUGGACCCAAAGCCGCAACUGGUGCCCAGUCUGAGCCUGUCGCCCAGACUGAGGCUGUAAAACCAACCGCUGCAUUGAAGACUGACAACCAAACGAAUGAUAUCGAAGUCCCUGAUAAUAAAACAGUGUGUUCUAGGAGGUCAAGUAAUAUCAUGAAUACCACACUAGACUUGCUGGACAACAGUGAUAUGGAUUUGCCAGUUGACCCAGAGAUAAGGAUGGAGUCGUUGGUGUUGAACUUGUGUGAUAAAUUGGAGGCAAUGGAGACGCCCUCAUCAUGUGAAGAUGGUGAGUCCCAUCAUAAAUCUGACAUGGUGGCAGAGAAAAUGGAAGUGAAGGAUAUGGAUGAAGUGUUUGAAAUUCUGAAAGAGGAGGAACUGGCAGAUGAGGAAGACUCUGAAAGUGACCUUACAGAAGACACUAAGAAACCUUUUAUAAAGAAUGAGGAUGAUGAUCAGGAACCUAAGGAGAAGAAGCCAUUUGCGAGUGAAGAUGAUGACAGUGAUGAGGAGAGGAAUAGCGCCACUCCAGAGCUGGCAGGGGCUUCCAUUGUAAAAUACAAUGUGAAAACCACUCCAUAUCUUCAAAGUGUAAAAAAGAUAAUCGAUUGCGAAACGGCACCAGGCAGUGGCUCGCGACGCAAAAGCACCAUCAAAGACCUCAAGUUUCUGACUCCUGUUCGACGAUCAACACGAAUCCAGCGCAAGUCCUCUCGUCUGCCAGGUAUGCUGAACGACCACGAUACUUGCGUCUCGUCAUUGGCUGAGCUGGUGCAGAUGGAAGAUGCAGAUGCAAAUGCUUACAUCUACAGAAAAAACCCAGCACUACUAGAAGAUCUGCCUGAUCGGUCUGAAGACUUUGCAAGAGUAUGCAGUUAAGCAGUAUAAAUUGAUGUCACUUUUAAAUCGGACAUUUAUAAGCAUUUGUAAUGCCUACAUUUUAAGCAUUCUAUGUGACACUAUUAAAAAUAGUUUGUUUUACUAUAUAAGUGUUUGUUGCAUUUGGACUGCUAAAUAAUCUCUUAACUGUAAUGGCUUAACAGCUAAUGGAUAAUAAUUUGAUUUAUAGGCACUAUUAUAAAAAGUUAUCUUCUGUGCUAACAAGGCUCGUGUGUGUGUAUAUAUAUAUUUGAAGAGCUUUUUCGUUUUUUUGUAAGAUUUUAACAUAACACUGCUUUGUUCAUUUUGUGAACCUGGAAGUUAAGGUGAAAAAUAUUGACAUGGAUGUAAAAAGGAUUUUGGUUGUUGAUUUGUUUUGAAAAAUUAACAAACCAAUGAAUGUGUUGCCUUUCUCUCACUGUAAUUUUCUGUUGCUACUGUUCAGCCGUUCAGUUUCUUUUAAAUGUGUAAUUUUCUGCACCUACAGUAAAGUCUUUUAAUUAACUAGACUUAUUUUCUACAAAGGAUUUCAUUAAUCCCUUACUAGUGACCAUGUCUUUUUAAAGGCAAGAUGAGCAUUUACUGUAUUUUAACCAUAAUUGUGAUCACUGAGCUAGAGACUGUAUGACAUCUUAAUAAAGCAUCUAUCAGUACAA